AUGCCCCCCAACAACGCACCACCCACCCCCGCGCGCCGCUCAACCAGCACGCACCGCCCAGCGUCGUCCCACACCUCGUCGUUCCUCUCCCGGUGGAGCUCGCGGCGGACGAGCAGCACCGCCGCGACGACGGUCGACAGCGAGAUGAAGGCGCACGACGAGGUCGAGACGCUCGACUGCGAGAGAGAUAGGAGAGUAGGCGGUGGCGGCGGCUGCCUGUACCACCUCCUCCACUCGCCAGCAGCAAGCACGGUAACCUCGGCCGCAUUACGCCUGUACCUCCGCUUCCUGUUCCGCGGGCAGGCGGACGCGCCGUCGGCCCGCGCGUACAGCGGCAGCCGGCGCGGCGAGGCGGAGCGCGAGCGGCGAAGGAGGGGCGAGCGGGUCGAGACUGGGUGGUGCGAGGUGCGCGCUGUUGACGAGGCGCGGUGGUUCUAG